CCACUGUCGCACAAAUCCAUUCGCACCUUCCCUUCGCCGUCCAUCGUCGCUCUGCUCAACACGCGCGCGCGCGCACCAUGGCGAUCACCCUCCACCUCUGCCGCAUCCCCGCCGGCCGCUCCGACCUCUCCCUGCCGGAGAGCCUCGCCGGCCCCGGGGCCGCCGCCUUCCGUUGCCGCAGCAGGCCCCUCUCCGUCCGAUGCUCCGGCGAGCCCUCCCCCUCCCCCUCCCCCCCCUCCUCCGUGGCCGCCGACGGCGAUUUCGACGCCAAGGUGUUCCGGCACAACCUGACCAGGAGCAAGAACUACAACCGGAAGGGCUUCGGCUACAAGGACGAGACCCUGCAGCUCAUGAAUCGCGAGUACACCAGUGAUAUUAUUAAAACUCUGAAGGAAAAUGGAAAUGUGUAUACCUGGGGAAAUGUUACUGUUAAACUUGCCGAAGCCUAUGGUUUCUGCUGGGGCGUCGAGCGAGCCGUUCAGAUUGCCUAUGAGGCAAGAAAGCAGUUUCCGGAGGAGAAGAUCUGGAUUACUAAUGAAAUUAUCCACAACCCUACUGUUAACAAGCGCUUGGAGGAAAUGGAAGUGGAGAAUCUCCCCCUCGAAGAAGGCCAAAAACAGUUUGAUGUCGUUAACAAAGGUGAUGUUGUCAUUCUUCCUGCUUUUGGAGCAGCAGUGGAGGAGAUGUUGACUUUGAGCGAGAAAAACGUGCAAAUUGUGGAUACGACUUGCCCAUGGGUAUCCAAGGUAUGGAACACCGUGGAGAAGCACAAGAAAGGAGACUACACUUCAAUUAUUCAUGGUAAAUACGCUCAUGAAGAAACCGUAGCUACUGCAUCGUUUGCUGGAAAGUACAUUAUCGUGAAGAAUAUGAAGGAGGCAAUGUAUGUGUGUGAUUACAUUCUUGGGGGUGAGCUCGAUGGUUCUAGCUCGACUAAAGAGGCGUUUCUAGAGAAAUUCAAGUAUGCUGUUUCGCCGGGAUUUGACCCUGACAAUGAUCUUAUUAAAGCUGGCAUUGCAAAUCAAACCACAAUGCUUAAGGGAGAGACUGAAGAGAUUGGGAAGUUGGUGGAGAGGACUAUGAUGCGCAAGUAUGGAGUGGAAAAUGUCAAUCAGCACUUCAUAAGCUUUAACACAAUUUGUGAUGCUACUCAAGAGCGCCAAGAUGCUAUGUAUAAGUUAGUUGAGGAGAAGGUGGAUCUUAUGCUAGUCGUUGGUGGGUGGAACUCCAGCAACACAUCUCAUCUUCAAGAGAUUGCUGAAGAACGUGGCAUACCCUCUUAUUGGAUUGACAGUGAGCAGAGAGUAGGUCCUGGAAACAGAAUAGCCUACAAAUUGAACCAUGGGGAAUUAGUUGAGAAAGAAAAUUGGCUUCCAGAGGGUCCCAUAACAAUUGGAGUAACAUCAGGAGCUUCUACCCCAGAUAAGGUCGUUGAGGAUGCUUUAGUCAAGGUCUUCGACAUUAAAAGGGAAGAGGCCUUGCAACUGGCUUGAUAUAAGAUCACAGACUAUAAGAUCAUGGCUUAGUUAUCAGCCGGUCCUUGUGUGAAUAAAAAUGAGAAGCUCCGUAGAUUUGAAGUAUAAUGGCCAAAUACCCUGCAAAUUUGAUGUAUUAUAAGCCUAUAUGCCACUGAACUUUAGUCUGCUCUUGUAGAUCUAAUGAUGUGAUGUAAGGCUUUAAUUUGACUGGAUUUUACAAAUGUCAAACAUAUGUUCAUCUCUGAGCUUCAACAAAGUGAUAUCUGUUUGUGCA